GAGGGCGGGGUCGCGCUGCGGGGUGCUGGCCCAGCGGCCGCGGAGCCUAGGCUGAGGGAGCGAGGGGCACUCGCUGAGGGAGGGCCGCGCGUCGGUGCCCUGCGAUGGAGCGGGCGAAGAUGGCGGAGGAGAGCCUGGAGACGGCAGCGGAGCACGAGCGGAUCCUGAGGGAGAUCGAGAGCACAGACACGGCCUGUAUCGGGCCCACGCUCAGGUCUGUCUAUGAUGGUGAGGAACACGGACGAUUCAUGGAGAAGCUAGAAACUCGCAUCCGCAAUCAUGACCGAGAAAUUGAGAAAAUGUGCAACUUUCACUACCAGGGCUUUGUGGACUCUAUUACUGAACUGCUGAAAGUACGAGGGGAAGCCCAGAAACUCAAAAACCAAGUGACGGAUACCAAUAGAAAACUGCAACAUGAGGGCAAGGAACUGGUAAUAGCGAUGGAAGAGCUGAAGCAGUGCCGACUACAGCAGAGGAAUAUUUCUGCCACUGUUGAUAAGCUAAUGCUGUGUCUUCCAGGUGAGGAACUAGUCCUAGAGAUGUACAGCAAACUGAGGGACCAGAUGAAAACCAAAAGGCACUAUCCUGCACUGAAGACUCUGGAGCAUCUGGAACACACAUAUCUGCCUCAAGUGAGCCACUACCGAUUCUGCAAGGUGAUGGUGGACAACAUCCCCAAGCUUCGGGAGGAGAUAAAGGAUGUUUCUAUGUCUGAUCUCAAAGACUUUCUGGAGAGCAUCCGCAAGCAUUCAGACAAAAUAGGAGAGACCGCCAUGAAGCAAGUUGGAUAUCUUUAUAACCUUUCUCUAGACACUGCCCAACAGCAAAGAAACCUGGAUAACAUUGUCUUGCAACAGCCUAGAAUAGGUAGCAAGAGAAAGUCUAAGAAAGAUGUUUAUACAAUCUUUGAUGCAGAGAUGGAGAGCACAAGCCCAAAGUCUGAACAAGACUCAGGAAUUCUGGAUGUUGAAGAUGAGGAAGAUGACGAAGAGGUACCUGGGGCUCAAGACUUGGUGGAUUUCUCCCCUGUAUAUCGGUGUCUGCACAUAUAUUCUGUUCUGGGUGCCCGAGAAACAUUUGAAAAUUAUUACCGAAAACAGAGACGAAAACAGGCUCGUCUGGUGCUCCAGCCUCCAUCAAACAUGCAUGAAACUUUAGAUGGCUACAGGAAGUAUUUCAAUCAAAUUGUAGGCUUUUUUGUGGUUGAAGAUCACAUUUUGCAUACAACCCAGGGCUUAGUGAAUAGAGCCUACAUUGACGAACUGUGGGAAAUGGCACUUUCAAAGACCAUCGCAGCAUUGCGCACCCACUCGUCCUACUGUUCGGAUCCAAACCUUGUGUUAGAUUUGAAGAACCUCAUUGUACUUUUUGCUGACACACUUCAGGUGUAUGGUUUUCCUGUGAAUCAACUUUUUGAUAUGCUUUUAGAAAUCAGAGACCAAUAUAGCGAGACUUUGUUGAAGAAGUGGGCAGGGGUUUUCAGAACCAUACUUGAUUCUGACAACUACAGUCCCAUACCAGUAACGAGUGAAGAGACAUAUAAAAAGGUUGUAGGACAAUUCCCAUUUCAAGAUACAGAACUGGAAAAGCAGCCAUUUCCCAAAAAGUUUCCUUUCUCUGAAUUUGUGCCAAAAGUUUACAACCAGAUUAAAGAAUUUAUCUACGCCUGCCUGAAGUUUUCAGAAGAUCUUCAUCUAAGCUCCACUGAAGUUGAUGACAUGAUCCGUAAGUCUACAAACCUGUUGCUGACCAGGACUCUGAGCAACUCUCUGCAGAAUGUCAUUAAGAGAAAGAACAUUGGCCUUACUGAGCUUGUCCAGAUUAUCAUCAAUACAACACACUUGGAGAAGUCCUGUAAAUACCUAGAGGAAUUCAUCACCAAUAUCACUAAUGUACUUCCAGAGACAGUCCACACCACCAAGCUCUAUGGUACCACAACGUUCAAGGAUGCUAGACAUGCAGCUGAAGAAGAGAUAUAUACAAACUUAAAUCAGAAGAUUGACCAGUUUCUGCAGCUGGCUGACUAUGACUGGAUGACAGGAGACUUAGACAACAAAGCUAGUGACUACCUAGUCGACCUCAUUGCCUUCCUUCGGAGCACAUUUGCUGUAUUCACACACCUUCCUGGAAAGGUGGCCCAGACAGCCUGUAUGUCAGCUUGUAAGCAUUUAGCCACAUCCUUGAUGCAACUGUUGUUGGAAGCGGAAGUAAGGCAGCUCACUUUGGGAGCAUUGCAGCAGUUCAACCUGGAUGUCAGAGAAUGUGAACAGUUUGCCAGAUCCGGCCCGGUGCCUGGGUUCCAGGAGGACACGCUGCAGUUGGCCUUCAUCGACUUGAGACAACUAUUGGACCUCUUCAUUCAGUGGGAUUGGUCCACAUACCUUGCUGACUAUGGACAGCCCAACUGCAAGUACCUCCGGGUGAACCCUGUGACUGCUCUGACUCUGCUUGAAAAGAUAUCUAGAGAGAUGAAAGAUACUAGCCGCAAGAAUAACAUGUUUGCACAGUUCCGGAAAAAUGAGCGAGACAAGCAGAAAUUGAUUGACACUGUGGCUAAGCAGCUCCGAGGACUCAUCAGCAGCCACCACUCCUGAAUGUUGGCCUUGGGCCCACAGAGGCCAUUUGCCGUAGCCCAUGGUCCAGGAUCUCUCCUGGGCUGGCCCUGCAUUUGUGCAUUCUUCCUCAAAGAGAGCAUAUGUAUUUUUUUAUUAACCCCUGUACAGUAUUCACAUAACCUUUCCCUGUAGUAAGAGAGGCACAGAAUAAUCAAGAACAGGAGGGGUUCAGGGGAAGUUACUGCCAUACUUUCUGUGUUAUCCUGGGAAGGAUGCAUUGUCAGUGCUAACAUGAUGAGCUGCCUCUUAUCUGGGGCCCCACAAAUUCAUGGGUGCUGGGAGUUGAGAUGAGGAAGUAAAAGAAUAAUAAUGUGUGUCCUGUUUGCUCUCAAGUGCUUGCUUAAGUGUAUAGGAGAGCCUGGCAGGCAUACCAACAUAGUACACCAAAGCCAGCCUCAGUUUAGAAUAUCCAUCUGCCUCGUUGGCUGACUUAUUGCCUCAUAAGAGUGUGGCAUGUGGCAAGAUGACAGUUUCACUCUGGUCCCCGUAGGUGACAGUUUCAUUAGUGUAGUCUAACUGGGCCUUGUGGCUAGAGAGGGGUAGUUAGCUGAGUAAACACUUGGGUCCAUGCUGAAAAGAAAGUUGCCCCGCUGGGUAAGUUGUUUUUCUGGAUCUUGAAAGCCAAUUUGGGUCCCCAAGGACCCCAGCCCCCUUUCCAUUCAUCUUUGUCCCUUCUUUCAUGACCAUAACACUUGGUUCAUAAUAUAGAUUAGCAGUGGCUUCUGAAGGUUCCUGAGUGACAGUCUCACACUUGCCUCCUGCAGCAACAUCUCUAAAUGAUCUAAACCCCUGAAGCCUGAAAACAGCCUGGGUGCCUUCACCUUGGGUAGAGCCUUAUGACUUCUUGAGAUUGCUCACUUGUGUUUUAACAACAGCCUUCUGGCUAUCAUCUUUAAAGAAAAUGUCCCAAGCUCUACAUGGUGGGCACAACCUCCACAGGACUGGAUGUUUCUGGGCAUGGAUCUGUUACCAUGAGAUAGACAGGGUCAGCUGUAGCUAAUGGCUUGUUGCCUCUGGCCCAGCUAUCAUCAACUAAGUCACAUCGUAGAGACAAAGCUCAUCUUGCUCAAGCCCAGGGCUCCCAUCUUCUGAGCUGUCCCUUGGCCUCACCUGAGAGUAUUUUCCUGAAGUCCUAUCUUUGAUCUCUGGAACCUGGGCCAGCCAGAUAGACUCCUGAGACAAUGCAAGGGCUUUACUGUGACAUUGGUCAGAAGCAUCUACACACUCAAACAAUUGUGGAAGCUAUUAGUGUGACUACUGGUAAGAGUAUAAUUGCAUCAUGAAACACUAACCAAGAUGUCACAAAAGUGUUCCCAGCCUCAGUGAUGAGCAGAGUUACUGGUCAAACGAACAAUCUCUCGUUGCCUUUGUCAUCUACCCGCUUCUGGGACAGCAGUACUUCUCUCCCAUCCCAACAUAGACUACCCCAUCUAGAACAUACCCACCCUUACCAUAGCUGUCUUGAAUACCAACUGGAGAGAACAGCCUCAGGUGCUCUGCAGAUGCCUGCAAGUCUCGACCUUGGCUACACAAUGGCCCAACAGUUCAGGAGGAGAGUCUCAUAAGAACCCCGAAAACUCGAUUAGCCAAGGAAAGGCAGGAGCCUGUGGGAAAGAAGACAAGGUGGUGUCUCUAAGCCCUGGAUUUGUUGAUAGGGCUGAGAAGUGAUUCCACUAACUGAAGUCCUGCUGACUGAGAAGGAAAGAAAGGCCCUUUGCCAUGGCUCGCCAGCCUUUAGUGUAGAGAUCUCCAGUGCAGGAGAGAGACUGCUAGACUAUCAUAGCAUUUGUCCUUUAAGACUCCAUCUUGCUGCCUGUCUAGUCCCCACCUCUGCAGCAGAGGAACUGUCACAGUGAAUGAAAACAGGUGGAGGAGCAGGACCACUACCUUCCACAGCAGAGUCCUGCUGAAGAGAAUUUCAUCCAAUCUCAGGGUGUAUGAGGAUGGCCAACUACCUUUUCUCCUCCUGCCUCUCUAUCUGCAUCUUCCUGCACUGUUCUCUAACAAAAAGCGGCAUGCUCCUUUUGAGCUGUGAAAGCCAGGGGCCUACACUGUCAAGGUGAUUAUGAAUUGAUGAAGUAGACUUUUUCUUUUUUCAUUUUAUCCAUAAGGCCUAAAGCUGAGCUACCCUUGAGGGCUUGAGCACAGUAUGCAUGCCUGUAGGCCUCAGGCUCUGGGACCUUACCUCAGAUGCCUCCAGGCACACACAUCCUAGAGUCUCAGGUGGGGUAAGACACUGCUGCCUGGAGGUCUGGCCUUCCAACCAGAUCCACAUCCAUGUAGGCAGUCUGAUUUGUGAGCUGUGGUUAGGCAGAGGCUCACUUACUUUUUACCAUUCAUGGGGGAAAAAAAACUCUCAGUAUCAGGUGGCACUGGUAUGGGUAGAGAAGAAGAAGGCUGCACAUGGGAACCCACAGAGCCCCUGUUGGCAAAAGGAGUAUCUCCCGGUGACUCUAUCAUGCACCAGACCCAACGGUCCAUCUAGAUCCACAGCACCUAGCUCAGCAGGUCCCAGGCCCAGGGGUGGCACUGGCCAGGAGUUUCCUACUCAAACGUCUGAGUACAGGCUCGGUUGGCUUCACCAGGCCUCCUCCGGACUGCUUUUGCUGUGCCCUCCUCCAUCUAGCCCUCCCUUUCUUUUAUUCAUCUGCAUUUUAGUCACUCCUUGCUGAUUUGUUGGAAAUAGCCUUUUUAUUUUGCACAGUUCCACAUUUGUGGGAGAAAUGCAGUGAGAUCUAUCUGUACCUCUAAAAGGAACCUUUUCCUCUCGUACUCACCUGGAAAACAGCUCUGCUGCAGGCGGCUGCAUAAGGAAGGCCUCCUCUGUGGAAAGAGCAUGUGUAUCCCAUUCCCCCGUGUACGCUCCUCUUUUAACUGCUAUUAAAUAUGAGAACCUACA